UUCGUCUUCCUUUGAAUCUUUCAUCACAUGGACAUGGAGAUGGUCUCGAAUAUUCGUUUCUUUUCUGCCGCUUCUUCCCUUCAAAGUUUCCAACUUUGAUUCUCUUCAACCGAAAAAACAGACCACGAUUUCAAACACCUUCGCUUUCCGGACAACAAGAUCCGACCGUUUACUUUGCCCCAAAUCUUUGUCAAAAAACCCCAUCAACUUGAAAAUCCCAUAUCAAAGCCAUUCAUCUUCAGACAACACAUGCUAAUUUGAAGCUGUAGGAAUGUCUAGGUGUCCCCAGAACUCAGUUUUGUACAACGGCAGCCAUUGUGCCUGCCAAGUCGGCCGCUUUCUCAACGUUUCGGCCAACAGCUGCAUCACCUAUGAUGGAAGUUCAGCUAUCAAAACUGAUUCGGGGAUUGACUACUACGCGUUCUCCUUCCCCAAGACCUUUAUAUCUUUCGAUUCGAUUAAGAAGUUCACUCAAUCCCAAGCUGUGUUCUUGGAAGCUACUCUUCUGAUGUUGCUUUCAUGGCUCCUUUUUUGCUUCCUCUUGAGGUUUACAAAGCUUGGUGGUGGCAGAAAUGUGUGGUUUAAGAUUAGGUGGUGGAUUAGUCGCUUGGAUGUUUGCUUUGCUACAAGGCAUUGGCUGGAUGAUCAGAAGUUUGUUGUGAAGCGGAAAACAGAACUUGGUGGAACUUUCUCGAUCGCCAGCUGGAUACUUUUCACUGGGCUGUUUGCUGCGCUGCUUUACCAAAUCAUCGCAAAGAGAACAAUUGAAAUGCAUAACGUGAGAGCAACAAAUGCGCCUGACCUAGCUCUGUUCAGGAAUGACAUGGAAUUUAAUAUGACAACAGUUUCUAGUAUGAGCUGCUCGAAUUUGCGACGUCCAACUACUUUACUAUCCGGAAGUUCCGGCUUCAAUGAAGACAAAGUUUUCCCUAUUUCGGGUUUUCUCAACUUUUCAUGUCACAAUACGAGUUUGGGGCCAACCAUAUCUCUCAAGUGCAGCAAUUGCCGACUCCAUCAAGAUUUUUUGUCUGUUUCAUGGCAGUUUGUUGAUCUCCCAAACAGCCCUGCAAGUGCCGUAGGUUUUCAGUUCAAUGUGACUUCAAAAGAUCAUAUCAGGAGUGAUCAUGUGAGUUUCGUUAGUGGCACACUGAAGAAUGGAACCAACUCUGAUAAUAGCCCUGUUACUUUCAGAGGGACGGACACAAACAUAUUGAUAUUCAAUUUAUUUCCCCGUCUAUACCGCAGUGCAAAAGAUCUCAGGCUAGUUCAACCCCUGUUUCAUGAAUUCGUCCCGGGGUCAAUUUUGCGUGAGACCUCUCAGCUCCAGGCCUCAUUAGAGAAUGCUAGUGAUGGACUAAUGAACACUACAUUAUAUGUCAAUUAUCUUAAUUCCUACAUCAUUGAGUCUGAAAAUCAAAAUAUAGUUGGUGCUGUGGGCUUCCUCGCAGAUCUUGGUGGGCUAUAUUGCCUUAGUAUGAUGCUAUUUUUCUUUCUCUUGGUGCAAUGUGAGUUCAGAAUAAAACGGCUCCGCAAUGAAGAUAGCAUUUUACGGAAUAUCAGAAGUAGAAGAAAAGCUCAAGAACACUGGGAUAAAGUGAGAAAAUACGUCAUGUACACGUGGAACUGCAGAACAUUGGAUGUCGAUGACCACUCUAAAACGGAACCUGGUUGUGGUCAUUUCAUGCUUCCAUCGGUCCAUGGUAAUGGAUCAGUUCGUGGAGGGGUGUCAUCGAGGAAGCGAAGGCAGCUAAGUAAUAUUGACCUAAGUUUUCACAAGCAAGUCAGCAGUGAAAAGGCCCUCAAAUGCGAUAUAUCUGGAUCUGCUAAGGACAAGAUAAAACAUUGCAUCGGUUCAAAUGAUGGAGUUGCUGUCCGGCAUCAAGCAUUUCCUAUUGGUGACGAGAUAAUUCCCCCACCACCGCAACUAGAUCUGAAGUCUGGCUCAGAUAUCGAGUUGUCUGAUAUACAGAAGAAUUUUCAACGUUUGUACGACUACAAUGUCAUGCUGAGAGAGGAGUUCAUAGCCACCCAAUCAUUGCUUCGCGAUUUGACUGCUAAGACUCCAUCUCCGGGAACAGAAAGUCAAACGUGAUACUGCUGAGUAUAUCCAAUUCUUUUCAGACAUUUUCCUAUCAAAGCAAAAGGGGUGUUUCAUGCAAUCACCCUGAGGAAUCAGCAUGUAACUGUUUCUUCCUUUUCUUAUCCUUCAAUCAUUUUUGUACAAAGAAGGCGUGUUUUACGGAUGAACCCUACAUGUUUAGUUCUUUAUAUUCCACGCCUCUUUCGGGUCAACUGACCUUACAGCGGAUGCUGCCGGACAUCAUCUUUGCUUAUGAAGAAGGCACAUAUGUUGUUGUAUGUUGAUUUUGUGAUGGAACUCAAUGCUUAUUGUAAACAUGAUACCCAGGGUUUGUGUUGUAAUAUAGUGUAUAUCAUGAACUCGGAGAAUGCAAGAGGGUUAUUCAC